AAUCUCCAAACUCCCGCGUGUCCUGUUCAUUAAAAACCAAACUUUACUCCUCGCGGAUUUUUAGGGUUAAAAUCAAAUCAAUCAAGAUUCAAUUUUAAUCAACAAUUCAAAUCAACAAUUCAAUGCAAAUUCAAUGAGCUUUCCUCCUCUCGAGACGCGUGGGGGGCGAGCAGGGCAUCAACCAGCAGCCUUAACAACGAAGAAAACUAAUAUUUUUAUACGUUAAUUAAUGGUAAAGUUGGAGCCUUCUCACCUUCAGCUCUCGUUCUCAUGGGGUUUUUCGCUUGACCCAGUCCCAGAGAGGCGGCGAUGGCGACGGGGGAGAAUGGGCAUUUCUUCCCCCUCACGAGUUUGCAAAUCGGAGAUAUGCAGUCAUAUCUUUCGCGUUUGACUCUCUUUUUGCCCCCUGAAAGUAAGAGGUUCUAUAUUUUGGUUGACAACCGGCCAUGGUUAGUUAGCCAAGAUGCACGCUCUGCUCACCUAUGGCAGCUAAUGGUUACCAAGUCGAGGCUGUCACCUUUUGCAAUCACUAGGACCAAGUCUAGGAGAGAUAAGAAGGAUAUUGGGAAAAAGCUCAAUUACAUGAACAGUUCCAGAUCCAAGCCUGUCAGGCUAAAGAGCUUUAGUAGAUGGUUCUCAUUGGUUGAUGCUGCAGUAUCCCAAAAAAAGGCUCUUCUUCCAGUGAAGAAGCUGAAAGAUUCUUUUCUGUUGAACAAAGAAUUGCACCGUAUCUUGUUUGGCUUUAUUGUCUUUGAGGUUGCAUGGACUGACGUGCGAGGCAUUAAUUAUCUUAAUGAACUCCAGACUGAUACAUCAAUGGCGUUGGAGGCUAAGUCAAUGAAAAGAUGGGAGUUCGAUAGCGUUGAACAAGCUUCAAGCCUCAUGUUCUUAUGGUUCUCAGGAACCUACAAUGAGUGUAUUAUCUUACAGGAGUAUCUGGAUGGUAUCUCGAACAGAGGGGAUGUAUUUUAUGACGCUCAGGAGGAUUUUUCAUUAGGUAUGCCUAGUGGGGCCUGUGAGGGUGGGAGUGAUGAUGAUGCUUCUCAUGAUGAUAGAUCCUAUGAUGGUUCUAGCAACUCCGCCGACUUCCCUGGGGAACAUACACCUCCAGUUUCUGGUCCAUACAAGAGAAGAAAGAUAAUGAAAGCUAGUGGUGAAGUAAAUAAAGUUUCAGAGGAAGCAUGCACUGAGACAGUGAGCUCGCCAACGCUUUCAGUAUCUUCAUCUUCCUCUGACAACCAUGACUAUGAGAAUGUAAAUACAAGAUUUUCUGAGGCGGCUACCAAUUACAAGGAUGUCCUGAUUUGUUUUAGGUUUAACGAUCCUUAUCUUCCAUUCAAGUUCAAGAAAAUAAUUAUGUCUGAUCUCAAGCUGCUUACUUUAUUGGAAUAUGGGCUGCCUUCUUGGGUCAUUUUUCUUCAAUCUUAUCCAAUAUUCUGCCAAAUAUAUCGUCCGUGGAUGUGUCCUCUAGCAAGAGCUUUAUAUGUAUUGAUGUCAGUGAUCACUGUGCUUAUAGGAUUUUAUGACCUUUAUAAGAAUGUUCCGCUAAUAAAGGCAACUGCAUCACACCUGUUUGGGCCCUUUUUUGAUUGGAUAGAAACAUGGGAAAUGGUAUCACGGAUUAAGUAUUUAGGAACCAUGCUUUUUUUGCAUAACUUCGAGAUAGCUGUGAAAUGGCUACUUAUGAUAACACAUGCUACUAAAUCAUUCUUUUCAUUUUUGAUGAUGCCAAUUGCUGGGCCUGUCAUGGAGAUCGUCGAGUUCAUUCUUCCCUUAUGGAACAUAUGCCUUGAAACAAUAGAGGGAAUAUGUUCUGUCAUAUAUAUUGUAUUGGGAUCUUCCUAUAACAUAAUUGCGGGAGUUCUACAGAUUGUAGUGUGGCCUCUGUGGUUUGCAUUAAGUGUUGUUUGGACCAUUGCGGCCUGGGUUGUAUAUCCUAUAUUUUCAGUAUUUUGGGAAAUUAUUAUAGCUCCAGUGCGCCUGUGUCUUGCAAUGGCAGGCUUCAUCACUAUGUUUUUGUCCGAUGCUUAUUACUUUUUAAAGGAAAGCUGGUCAUCUAUAAGCACUCUCUUCCAAUUCGCAUCUGCAUCUAAAGCAUCAGUGGGUUCUUAUGAAACUUCCAUGUGGAGAUCGCUCUGGAAUGAUCUUUUCUCUCAGGUUUUUCGUGCAGUUCGAAGUAUUCUUUAUGGUUUUGUUGCCUUUUUUACAACCUGCAAUCGGCAUCGUCUGAGCAUCUACAAUCAUAUUCAGAAGCUUCUCCUUCGCUUGUCUUGUGUUGCACGCAGUUCAGAUUCUCGACAUGGCUUGCAGGGACAGAGAGAGAAUCCUCUGGAAGAAAGUAGAAGAUCAAUGGAUAGCAGGCACAGUUUACAAUUGGAACACCUGCAUAGACGAAGAAGCAGAAAGUUUGAGGAGGUCGCUAUUGACCGAUGAACAUGACAUUAUAUCAAGUUAACCUGUACAUUCUUUCAUUCUUUACUCUUCGGCAAUCACAAGCUGCUAUGUACAUAUUUCUAUAAGAUGAAGGAGCAGAGUUUCUUCUUUUCUUUUGGUUCUCCUAUUAAAUUCUGUAAAUGGAAAGAUCAGGCAAUGGCAAUUAGAGACUUGUUUGUGUAAAUGAGGAGGAGAAAUCAUUAAGAAGCAUAAUAUAGCUGUAUACAGAUUGAGGAUGCUGUAUGUCGACUCUGAGGUAUUUUAGAGAAAGGUAACUGAUGCAAAUUCAUC